AUGUUUCUACAGAAACAUGUAAAACAGGAUACGGGAAAAGAACUCCGUUGGGGAAGCAUCUCCACUAUGGUGGAUAGAUUCAAUAGGUUAAGAUCAUGUGUAUCCAAAGCACUGAUUGACAUGAACUCUGAUAUCAAAUUCACACAGAGCGAGUUUCAUACUUUGGACAAUUUCCAGAAAAGUCUGAAUAUUAUCAAAGUGACAGUCGAAGCACUGUGCCGGCGUGAUGCAACUCUAUUAACUUCUAAUGCGGCUAUGAAAUUUAUGCUACGUAAAUUAGAUAGUCAAAAUUCUACACUGUCAAGACUUCUCGCAAGAUCAUUGCUCGUGCGCAUUUCCCAAAGACGACUUUCUAUUGCAUCUACUUUGCAGUAUCUCCAAAAUCCUGAAACAUAUUUCAGUGAAGUUCCUACCGCCGAGUUCCCAAAAACCCCAGAAAUGGUGGAGGAAAUUUAUUCACUAACUCAAAAUUUUGAAGAUAAACCUGUGGUUGGGGUUAUGGAUGAUUUGAACUUGGAUAAUAGCGAGAGCAGUCCAUAA